AUGGUUCGGGCCGGCCAACGCUAUUUUCUGCCCCUUGUGGGCUCUCUCUUCUAUCGUGGCGGCAUAUCACAGCAGGACCUCUGCCCGACCACUUGCGUUGUGUCCGGACCCGACCCGGCCAACUGGACCACCGUGGGCGAGUUCGGCCAGCUGCAGGCCUGCAAGAAGCCCCUAGUGCUCGACUUCUCCGUUACGAUCCCCGUCACGGAGAAGCAGCCUAUCCGGGCCUGCAACGUCUUCGCCAAUGACUUCUACGCUGGCCCGGUGGAGCCUCCGGCCUCGGGCGGGACCGAGGACAUUGCCCCCAUAAUGGCUUGGACCCCGGCCGGGUCGGAGACCGAGACCGGCGGCCUAGUCGCGAGCCAGCCGGUCGAGCACCUGCAGAGCUACCUCCAAAACGUCAUGAGUCGGGCCGCAAACCGCACCAUUCUGUUCGCCACUGCUUCCGAUGUCACCGUUGGAGUCUAUGUCGGAGCCAACCUACUGAACCCCAGCGUAGCCGGAACCUUCUUCGAUUACCUUCUCGCCGUCCUCUUCGGGCCCGGAAUCGCCGACGGAAAGGCAGCCCUGAUCCAGGCAUGCGACGGCCGCAGCGGUGACCAGAUCUUCGGUCUCAUCGCUGCCUCCACCCCGGACUUUACCACAGUUCACGACGCCGUCGCUCGGUGGUCCAACGGCCAGUGUGUCGAUACAUCCUCUUACCCAGAGGUCUUUGACGUCGAUCCUGAGCCCAUCGACAUGGUUGACUCCAACACCUCCCUGACGCUUUCCAGCGGCGCCCGGGUUGGCUUGAGUAACUCGACCGACAAGAAGAACGUGACGUCGCCGGCAGUCCGGGGCCUGCUCCUCGCCCGAGCCGACUGCCGCACCAUCGACGUCAAGAGUGGUGACGACUGCGGCAAACUAGUGACGCGCUGUGGCGGCGGUAUGACGGCCGCAGACCUUUACAAGUACAACCCCAAAUCGACCCUGUGCUCGACGCUGCAGCCGGGCCAGCUGAUUUGCUGCUCGGCCGGGACUCUUCCCAAACCAACAACACCACAGCCCAACCCGGACGGAUCGUGCCGGACCCAGAAAGUGGACGACGGUGACGACUGCGGCAAGCUAGUGGCGCGAUGCGGCGGCGGCCUCACUGCAGCGCAGUUCUACCAAUACAACACCAAGUCCGGUCUAUGCGCGACGCUGCAGCCUGGCCAGCACGUCUGCUGUACGCCCGGAAAGCUCCCCGACCUACGACCCAAGAAGAACGCGGACGGAUCCUGCUUUGCCUACAAGAUCCAAGACGGCGACUUCUGCGCCAAGGUGGCGGCUGCUAAUGGCUUGACUGUCGACGAGCUCGAGAAGCUCAACAAGGAGACCUGGGGCUGGAACGGAUGCGAGAACGGCUUCUGGCCUGAUAACUGGAUCUGCCUGAGUGAAGGCACGCCGCCAUUUCCUGCUCCUAUCGCCAAUGCAGUCUGCGGCCCCCAGAAGCCCGGCUCGACCAAGCCGAGCGGAUCAACCUCGCGAGAUUGGGCCAAGAUGAACCAGUGUCCGCUCAACUCGUGCUGCAACAUUUGGGGACAAUGUGGCACGACCGAAGACUUUUGCAUCGACACCAACACCGGCCCCCCUGGAACAGCCAAGAAGAACACGUACGGCUGCAUUUCCAACUGCGGAAUGAGCAUCGUUCAGAGCGGCCCACCAGCGCAGUUCAUCAAGCUCGGCUACUUCGAGGGAUUCAACCUAGGCCGGAACUGCCUCAACAUGGACGCUACCCAGAUCGACCCAUCGUUCACGCAUGUUCACUUUGCCUUUGGCAUGAUUGACGACGAUUUCAACGUCUACCAUGAAGACGAACUAGCCGAGUUCCAGUUCCAGCAGUUCAAGAAGCUGCGCGGGCCCAAGCGAAUCAUCUCCUUUGGCGGCUGGGUCUUCUCGGCCGAGGUGCCGUUCUAUCAUAUCUUCCGCAACGGCGUCAAGCCCGAGAAUCGCGAGAAGCUGGCAGACAACCUGGUCAAUUACGUGGUUGACAAUGGCCUGGACGGGCUCGACAUUGACUGGGAGUAUCCGUCGGCCCCCAAUCUCGGCGAGGGCGUGCCGGAGGGUGAUCCCUCCGAGGCCUUGAACUACCUACGUCUACUGUCCAGACUGCGAGCCAAGCUGCCGAAAGACAAGUCGCUAUCGAUCGCAGCCCCAGCCUCUCACUGGUAUCUCAAACAGUUUCCCAUCAAGGCCAUGUCUGAGCUACUUGAUUACAUUGUAUACAUGACCUACGACCUGCACGGCCAGUGGGAUGCUGGAAACAAGUGGGCUACGCCUGGUUGCCCGACCGGUAACUGUCUACGUAGCCACGUGAACCGGACUGAGACAAUGAACACUCUGGUUAUGAUAACCAAGGCCGGCGUGCCUUCCAACAAGGUGCUUGUCGGCGUUAGCAGCUAUGGUCGCAGCUUUCAGAUGGCAAAUCCGUCCUGCACUGGUCCCAACUGCUUAUACACAGGCGACCGUCUCACAUCAUAUGCCCGUAAGGGACGCUGCACCGAUACAGCUGGCUACAUAAGCAACGCUGAGAUUGACGAGAUUAAGGGCCGUUCCUGGCUUGACGCUGAGAGCAACUCGCGCAUCAUGGUUGACGGCGACCUCUGGGUGGCCUAUAUGGACGACAGCCUCAAGGAUUCACGGACGCAGAUGUACAAGCGCUACAACAUGGGCGGCACCAUCGACUGGGCCGUCGACCUUGUCAAGUUUCACGAUCCUCCGAAACUUCUCCCCGAUGGCGUCAACCUUGGUCUCAGCUGGGCUUCAAUUAAGGCUAACGUGCGUAUGGGUGAGAGCGCAACCUGCAACCCUUCGGCACGGACCGGCACCUGGGUCGACAAGCAGUGUACUCAUGACGCCGUCGGCGACAACACCAAGAUGACACCCAAGGCGCGGUGGGAUGCUCUCGACUGCAAGAGCGGCUGGAACGAUAUCGUUCGCCGGUGGCAGGGCUGUGACUUCAGGGAAGGGGGCAAAGAGGACUUUAGUGAGCAUAUCGCUUCCUACCUGAGCGCACCUUCAAGACCAAGGUGCAAUGACCUAGGUCAGGCCUCGUCCUGUGGAGUCAUGCAGUGUGCUGCGCACAACACGCCAGAGACGAACCCCGAGCGCAAAACCGGCGCGUGCGCGUACGAGCUCUGGAACGGGCUUGCUGAAAUUCACACGAUCCUUAGAAACUACUACUACUCUCUGGAGUCCACGGGCAACUCACUUGCCCGCCGGAAGGAUACCUUUAUUGAAACUUUCGCCCCGAAGCCGGAUGACGAUUCCAAGAUAUUCGACCUCUUCUUGACACUGAUGCCUAUCCCGCUUACAGCAGCGGUCCCAAGGUUCUUUGGGAGCGCCUUGGCGAGCAUGAAGUACUUCUCCGGCGCAACUGGAGGAGACAGAAGGGCUGCCUGGGAGGCCGGCACCAUCACCAUGGUGGGCACUGCCUUUUCUAUCGCCAAGGACGCUCUCGACUCGGCGUCUUCAGCGCGAGAGGAAAUCGCCUUCAACGACAUCUUUGAUAAGAUCAUCACCAAUUGGAAGGCGCAGGUCAACCGACUGGUCGCCCAGAUCUUCAACGGCUCACCUGAGAGCGUCAAGCUGCUCAGCGCCCUCGUCUCUGACGGCAAGAUGAUACAAGGCGAGGAGGACCAGCCGGCCAACGGCUAUACCGGUGAGUACACAAAGAGCUGGGAGGACAGCAAAUACAUCGAGCGUGCCUUUUAUGCGCUCGCCAUCCCAGUCCUCUGGGCCGCUGACCGACCCACCCCCUUCAUUCUCGACUUUGGCGACAGUUGCGUCAUCGACGCGACUAAGUACUUCGAGGAGCGGGCGGACAAGUACAACGCUGGCUGGCGCUGUCCUAACGGCCACUCCUACAUCCUUGCCGGCGUCGACGACGAGCCUAAGGGCUGCCCCCACGCGAACCUCCGGCUGUGCUUGCUUCCGCGCAACCGGAACUUUUUCAAGAUCCUCAAGGGUAUCGACGAACUCAAGGAACCCGGUCAGGACAGAUGGGGAAAAAUAACAGUUGACGACCUGAUCAUUGGAGCCGUGAACACGUACAAGAAGAACAAUGGGAGGAACGUCAUGGACCCUGCCAAGAGCAUGACGGAUCCCGCAGACAUCCAGCGGCUUCAGAAUGUCGCCAGCCAAGAUAUUCGCCUGGGUGGCUUCCAGCAUAUCCCUAUCUGUGGGCCCGAAGAAGCUCGGGCUAACCUCCUGAAGGGCCGCAAGGCCUACGGAGACUCACCCAACUACCCGUGCAAUCCUUAG